AUGUGCCAGUGCUACAGGUCCAGAAAAGUUUUAAAACUACGUCUAAUUGAAAACGGACAGAAACGUUGUGUAAAGAAUAUAGUGAAAAAAGAUUUAGAAAUACUAUGUAUAAGUCAGAUAACGUUGCAUGGGGCAUUAAAAACGAAUGUGUUAGAUUUUCGAAAAUCUAUGUCUGCAGAUUCGUCAAAAAAGCUAUACCAAAAAUCUAUUUAUCGAUUAAGAUCGUCAUAUAAACCUGGAGCAACUAAAGAUGGGUUAUUCGAUGCUUAUACGGAAUAUAGCGUCCAAAAUGAUGGAUAUGUGAUUUACCAACUAGAAUCUCCGUCAAAAAUAGCUAGUUGGAGAUAUUGUCGUUUACUAGUUAUUGAAAUGUGUCACGGUACAACUACACCAUGA